UCCUAGCAAAUACCAUAAAAAAGAGGGUAUUGCCUAUAUGUGAAGCAAAUUCUUGCAACUGGAAUUGGGAAGACAAUUUGACAGUUUAACCAUGUGGUGGACAGAGCUAAAAGCAGCUCUGGGCCAGAGGUUUAAUGUCCAGGGAGUCGCUUCUUCUCUUGAAGUUUUUACAAAAGACAAGGAUUUGAUCGUCCCGCACAUCUCCGUCCCAGAUCUAAGGUAUAUUGAUUGGGAUGAGCUGAAGAGAAGAGGCUUUGAAGGGGUAGUGUUCGAUAAGGACAACACAAUUACGGCUCCUUACUCUUUGGGGCUGUGGGCGCCUCUCGAGUCAUCCAUCCACCACUGCAAAUCUGUCUUCGGCAACAACAUUGCCAUUUUCAGCAAUUCCGCAGGGUUACACGAAUAUGACCCGGACGGUAGAAUCUCCAUGCUUCUUGAGCGUACUAUUGGGAUUAAAGUAAUCCGGCACAAAGUCAAGAAACCAGCCGGAACAGCUGAAGAAAUUGAACAACAGUUCGCUUGUGAACCAUCAAAACUUGUAAUGGUUGGUGAUCGACCCUUAACAGACAUAUUGUACGGAAACAGAAAUGGCUUUCUUACGAUUUUGACAGAGCCCUUAAGUCUUGGUCAGGAGCCAUUCAUAGUACAACAGCGUACAUAUACAGCCACCAUCAUCAGUUUCCCACCAUGUUCAACCAUAAAACAAAAAUCAAGCCUAGCAGUCUGCAAACAAAAAACAAAAUCAGCGCUGCACAUCCAUAAUGGAGGAGGAAAUUUCCAUAGCAGAGCUUCUUCAACUAGAAGCCGAAGGAAAUUACCAAAUUACGGGACUUUGGUGUCUGACAUACUAUUUUACGGGAGUUGCUAUCAAAAAGCAGUAGUCUAAUUCUCCAAUUCCGACUGGAGGGGAGUGCGAAAAUAGAUUGAAAAUUGUGGUUGAAAAUAGGCAUCCCUCCCGUCGGAUAUGCCACUUCCGACUAGGGGGUUUCUUUUUCUUUUUAUUAGUGGCAGAAUUGCUAAUUUUCAAAGCUUUUGAUGUAAUUCCAAAUUUUCAAAGUAAAAGCUUUUGAUUUUUUAAUGUAAA